AUGUCGACCAACCUACGGCCUAUCAGGCCUCGAGGCUAUGCAGACGACAGGCCGAUACCUGAAUACCCCCUCAGCCCCAUUAACAAGGGCCCCAAGGGACGAAUAGCUUGCGGAUCAUGCAGGAAGCUGCGCCAAAAGUGUGACGGCCAACGGCCUGCGUGUAGUCGUUGCCAAACGACGAAGCACGACUGUGUGUACGAGGUUGAUUACGGCGAAACCAGGAUGCAGGGUAUCCGCCGAGCCAACCGCCAAUUAAUCGACCAGGUCGAUACCUUCAAAUCGCUGUUCCGGCUGUUAAAAUCAGCCACAGACGAUACCAAGGCACAGAUACUGGCUCGUUUGGCUGCGGAUGAUCCACCGGAACUCAUCCUGAGGAAUCUAAAAGAGGGUAGGGAUGCGGGCCGGAAAUGGAGCAACGCCACUUCAAGCGACGAGUCCAGAACUGAAGAGAGCCCGCAGUCUUCUCACAAGUCCUCGGUAGAUGUCAAGAUUGAACCGGAUGACGACGUCCCGCUCCCACCGGGGAUCGUGCCGUGGCACAUUGAAAAGAUGCACUACCUUCUUCAAAGAGUCGGCAGGAUUGAUCUUAACUCGGGCUCAUUGGGGUCCCAAGAGAAUGCUAACAACCUUCUCAUGGUAGAAGAUGAAGACCGGAAGAGUACUGAAUUCAUCCAGUCAGUUAUUUUGGCUGACCGACGAGCACACUCGGAUUAUCUACUUCCACCUGGCGCCGUGGAAGGCUUUGGAAACCUGCCCUUAUCAAGCGCAAUAAGGGCAAAUCACUAUCCCCCAGCAGUGCAAGCGCGGCAACUCCUCAACAUGAAGACAGAAGAGUACCGUUUGCCCUCCUUCAUGGCUUCGGACGGGAGCCCGCUAUCGAACAUCUUUUACAGUUACCGGGAUGCCGCAAUGGAAAUGCUCUCCAACGGCGUGCCUUCUUAUCAGGUUUUGGGACCUUCAGACCACGUUGACAUAGAGCUCUUCUUCCGUGAACGAGAAGCCCAUGACGCCUAUGAUAUUCACUCUUGGGCUUGCGAAUUGGUCAAAAAUAUUGACGGAUACGAUACGUUCGUUAAACUGGCGUCGGCUGCUCUUUACACGACAUACAUGCGGUGGACGAUUCUACCCACAGCAACAAACUACGCGCGGAUGCCGGAGAUGAUCCGGCCGACAAAGCAACAACGAUUGAUGCCUCAUCGUAUGACGAUUGAUCUGGUGCCACAUCCUGCCAUCCGCAAUGCCUUGAUCGACCGGUUUCGAGAUUGGCUCUCGCCCGGGACGACAGAUACCGGGGGCACCUCCGUGGGCUGGCCUUACAGCCUCGAUGCCGCUGUAGACGUGUGUCCCCUGACGGGACGCAGGAUGCUGAGCCGCGCCUUUUACGAACACGCCACGAAUGGUUUGAACUGGAGUCUGGAUAAGUCGAUCCGUGCCAUAUUUCCCGAGAUUGAGGCCAUGGGUUUCAAAAUCAGGGAUUGA